AUGAUUUAAAAUCAUCCACUCGGUCCUAAAUCAGCAAUGGAAAAAUACUAUAUGGAGUAACAAUUACCACAGUAUUAAACAUUGGCACCUUAAUAAGCAUAGAAAAAGAAUCAUUCUUACUAUCAUGAUAAUGCAAAUAUUUGGAACAAUCAACAUUAAUCAAGUUCAAAUAUGAAAGUUUUUGCAAAGAUUUAAGAAUAGAAACUAAAAGGAGAAAAACGCAUAAGACAAUUACAAAAGUAAGAAUAGAGAGAUAAAUAAUUAUAUGAAAUGAGCAAGCAUAUAUAUUUUAAUCAAUAAAGACAUGAAGAUCAUUUGAGGAUGUAGACUCGUAAAUUAGAACGUGCAGGUUUAUAAAAUCUUAGUCAAUAAUAAUCAGAUAUUGAAGCAGAAUAGUUGUUGCUUAAAUAAAAUCAAUAUAAUACUACCUUAUAAGGAAGAGCUGAAUUCUUUUGGAAUAAAGUAGGUUAACAUUCUUAGAAACAUAUUAAAAUGUUAGUGAAUCCUAAGAUACUGGCUAUGGAAGAAGAGGCAGUGAAAUUGAUUGAAAAAAGAAUAGAGAAAGAACAAAUUGUUGAAUAAAUAAGAUGGGAUUUAAAAUAAGAGAAUAUGAAACUUAUUCGUAAACUUAAUGCUAAAAGACAAUAAGAGAAUGAUGAAAUUCAUUACAAAGCAGGAUUAUCACCAACUCAUAAAUAAGGAAUCUGUAAAACUACUCACAUUAAAAGACCAUCUCAUAUAUCUCGACCAUCUUUAGAUAUUGUUGAAUAAACUUUACAAUAAAUUGAAGAUAAGGAAGAUAAACAAUAAAGAACAAGUCGUCCAUUUACUGUUGAUAGUGAUAAACCAUCAUUUUCAUUUCAUGUAAGACCUCAAACUAGUAAUUAGAAUAGUCAAACAACAAAAAAUGUGCACAGUCUAGCCAAGUAAAUGUUUUAAGCAUAACAAGAUAAUAGUCACUUAGUGUUAAUAAGAAAUAAAACCUAAGGAUGGACAGAUCUGAGUUUAAGGGAUUGUAUCUAGCAUAAGCUUGUGAUGUUAGUGACAAUAAUUUUAGUAGAACCAUACGUUCCAAUUGUACCAUUCUAAAAGGAAUCUCGAAUUAAAAGACCAAAGCAAUAUAAAUUACUCAAAAUAAUAAAUCAAAUAAUUCACCUAAUGAAGAUGUUAACAAAAUGUUAGAUUCAUUUGAAGCCAAACUAUAGGAUAAAAAACUUUAUUAUUGA